CCACUCUUCAGUCAGUGACAGACGCUACUUGAGCUUGUGUGUGCGCUACUCGUGCUCUUCAACCUCCUCGUUCUUUAAAAAACCGCGCCGGCAACAUGACGACAUACUUCGAGUACCCCUCCGCUGAGCUGCAGACCGAGCUCCGCCGCAUCGCCAACUUCAUCACGGCUCCCGGCAAGGGCAUCCUCGCCGCUGACGAAUCCGUGGGCACUGUCGGCAAGCGUUUCGCUGACAUCGAUGUCGAGAACAGCGAAGAGAACAGGAGGAAGUACAGACAACUUCUCUUCACCACCGAUGACAGCAUCGCCAAUUACAUCUCAGGCGUGAUCCUCUUCCACGAGACUCUCUACCAGAAGUCCGAUGACGGCACUCCCUUCUCUGACCUCAUCAAGAAGAAGGGAAUUUUGUGCGGUAUCAAGGUUGACAGUGGCGUGGUGCCGCUGAUGGGUUCUGAAGACGAGUGCACGACCCAGGGCCUGGACGAUCUAUCAAAGCGCUGCGCCCAGUACAAGAAGGAUGGCUGUGACUUCGCUAAGUGGCGCUGCGUCCUCAAGAUCGGCAAGAACACGCCCAGCUACCAAGCCAUGCUCGAGAACGCUAACGUCCUGGCUCGCUACGCCUCCAUCUGCCAGAUGAAUGGCCUCGUGCCCAUUGUUGAACCUGAGGUGCUCCCUGACGGCGACCACAACUUGGACCGGGCCCAGAAGGUAACAGAGACUGUGCUGGCGUUCGUGUACAAAGCUCUGAACGACCACCACGUCUUCCUCGAGGGCACGCUGCUCAAGCCCAACAUGGUCACCGCCGGCCAGCAGUGCUCCACCAAGUACACUCCUGAGCAGGUUGCCGCGGCGACUGUCACGGCGCUGUCGCGCACGAUGCCCUCGGCUGUGCCUGGCGUGACGUUCCUGUCAGGUGGCCAGACUGAGGAGGACGCCACCGUGCACUUGGAUGCUAUCAACAGAUGCACCGUCGCUAAGAAGCCCUGGGCACUCACCUUCAGCUAUGGCCGCGCCCUGCAGGCCUCCGUACUGAAGGCCUGGGGAGGCAAAGAUGACCAGAUCAAGGCUGGCCAAGAAGAGCUCAUCAAGAGGGCAAAGGCUAACAGUGAGGCUGCCCUCGGCAAGUACGAACGCGGCUCCUGCACAGGUUUUGCCGCCUCCGCCGAUCUCUAUGUCAAGAACCAUCAGUACUAAGUUCCUGGUAUUCCAACGGUGGCCGCAUUGUGCUGUUCUUUUAUCGUGUUAGUUUAAAGAAGUAACUCUGGUCGAACAGAUGGUGUUCUGUUAGAGACUUACGUCACGCGGAUGGGCGGUAAUUGAUUCCCAUAAUGAUGAUCAAAUGGUGUUAUUUCUACCAUAAAGCUUGAUUUUCAAUGUCAAGGUAAAGUCCCUUUUGAGUUGGGGAGUACAAUGUUAAUAAAGAAGGAAUAUCCAUUAUUUUGAUUGUGAAUGCCUAUCCUAGUCUUGUUCGAACAUUGUGCGUAUUAAGAAAAGUUGAAGGUUAAAUAAUAUUUGUCAUGAAUCAUUCAUCUCGUGUGUAGGUAGAGUGCUUAGAUAUAACGAGUUGCUGUUCUCCAUUGAGUUAUGUUGCUACCUCUGCUGUACGUUAGUUACUGAAAUAAUAGUGCCGUACGCUUCAUUGUCAGUAUCUUUAUCUUCCGAUGUACGCUGUUGGUAGUCACGCCUAACGACUUUUGCACCGCGGAACUAAAAUUGUUAUUAUCGACCAGUGUAUUCAGUUCCGGUGAAUCUUUCAUUCUAAUGUAUAUUGAUUAAAUAUUCGAUAGCAGAACUUAUUUCUAGUCAACUGAGAGCACGAAGCUGUGAAAUAAUUUCUUGGAAAAUGUUGAACGUUUAUGCGUUAAUAAGGAAGUGAACAUGAGGUUUAGUUCCGAAAAUCUUGAUUUUACCGAAGAGAGGAGAAAAUCUUACUUAGGAGAUAUGUCGUUGAAUAAUUCAUUUCCCUUGCAAAAGAUGAAGUGUCAAAAGUCACUGCAUUUUGUUCAUCUAUUCCUGAUGCACGAAUCCGCUCGUUUCUCUUGUACGCAUCUUAACGCAGACAAGAGCUCGAAGGAUUCCUAAUGCAUUUGUGCUCUAUUGUAACUGAUAGCAUUCACCUUAGCUGUAUCAUAUUCAAUAAUAAACCUAAUAAUGGAGUUAAGGA